AUGUCAUUCACUGUCCAGCAGCGCCCAGGUGGCGCCCUCCAACCUGGAGACAUAUUGGUUGUAAUUCAUGAUUUCGAUGCCCGAAGUUCGGACGAGUUGACCCUUCGAAAGUCAGAUCAGGUUGAAUUAGUUGAACUGGACGAGGGCUUCGGUGAUGGUUGGUAUCUGGGGAGACAUCUUGGCCAGGGUACAGUAGGCCUGUUUCCAGGAGGUAAGAUGCUGCACGAUUCCAAAACCAUCACUUAUUGUCUCACCAUGUCUGAUCUCCCGCUAGUUUACACUGCAAAGCUGCCUUCGAACUUCACACCUGUUGGGCCUGCGAAUUCCAGACCCUCUCAACUUGCGCACAAGCUUUCCAAUGGUGCAAAGACUGAGCCAUCCGAGCCAACAAUACCAGAAGAUCAAUCCACCGCCCGCCGUUCCCUCGUCCCCAAAUCGCCGAUGCAACCUUCGUCAAUGUCCUUUUCUCCUGUCAUACCGCGCAGCAUUGGCCAGGCCCUUUCAGGCACAGCAAAUGGAGAGGAUAGCCCUGUUAUGAACGAAACAUUGAGCGUUAUAGACGAACAUAUCACGGAUCUCAGUACGCCGCGUCAGAGUCUUGCCCCUCUGCGAUUUGUAUCAGAGGACUCGGAGAGUGAAUACAGCAGCCAUCUGGACCGAGCCUCUUACGUUGCCGGUCCAGAAACCGAGAGUGAGGAGAGUUUGCGGUUGACGGAAGCCGAUGUGAAGCAAUGGGAUGCCAAAGAUACCGCCGAGUUUCUCAGAGCUCUUGGAGUGGAUUCCAAACAUUGUGAUAUAUUCGAAGAGCAGGAAAUAACGGGAGACGUUCUGCUGGACAUGGAUCAGUCCUUCAUACACAUGAAAGAGUAUGACUUUGGAUUGAUGGGCCGCCGGUUGAAGACGUGGCACAAGAUCCGGGAAUUUCAGACUCAGAUUCGCAACUCCCCAGACUCGGGAAAGAGCAGCUUGAAGCAGGACAGCUCGAAUGAGGACGUGGCACGCAUUCAUUCCCGCGCUUUAUCCGGCGCCACCAUUCUCCCUCGAAUACCAAGUCUGAUGGAGGAGCGAGGGCUUUCUAUCCGCCAGUCACAACAUGCUCACCCAUACGUCCAGACGGGCUCUGCAUCGCCUCCUCCUGAGCCGCAGGUCCCGCCCUCGCCUUUCGCCCGGUCUCCGCUUGGUGGAAGUACACCUCCAUCACCGUGGAGAGCAUCCGUGGCCGCCGAAAGUCCUAGGCGUCCUUCAGCUGCGUCCAUUCGGGAGAUGAACCACUCGCGCCGCCACUCUUCCAUUGACUUUGCCAAACAGGGAUAUCAAGAGACGGCUUUUGGGACCUUUUCCACCGUCUCCCCACCUCACAAGAAAAACGUAUCGCUCGACAGAGACUGGUCAAUGAGUAAUGCGACAACUGCUGGUGCCGGCGCAAGCACCCCUUCGCUCAGAGCGGAUGUCGCAAAGAAUGUCAGCGCGCCUCCAGAUUCUCCGUUUGAUGGUGACCACUCUACCGUCGACAUUGACCGGGGCUACUUCAGUGGCAACGAAGUGGACAAUCGAAAAUCCCGGAAUCUCUUGAAAAAGAAAGGGGGCGGGGACACUGGUCAUUCUCGUCAGUCCAGCAUGAUUGAGGAGACACACAGGCCUGGUCUUGGGGUCAAGCGGCAUUCACGGCUGAGCAGCGUCGACUCUGUCAGAGACCGAGGCCUCGGAACAGGGUCCUCGGCGGCCCAGGCUUACCACAGCAGCUCGUCUAACGGACGAUUCCGGUCUGCCAGCGCGCGAAAUCUAGGCACUCAACGAUCCCCCACUACUCUGUCGCCAACUGUCACGAAUCUCGAGGACGACAACCUGUCGGCGUUGUCAUCCCCCAAAAUGGCGAGCGGCUCGCCAUCUCCCGCUGGUGCUCCUAUGCCUUGGGCAGCGUCACAGAAGGCUCGAAAGUUGUUUGGUCUCCGGGCUGCAUCCGAUGCGAUAACCGGAACUGAAAAGCAGGCAGCAAAUGCGUCAAACAUCACGACGGGACCACUCAAAGAGAGUCCGAUAGCCUCACCUUCAGGAUCCCAGACACCGUCAGCGACAUCACAGAGUUUCGAGAUCGAGAAUACUGAUGCUUCGUCGAAAGGAACCGCUGACCAACUCGGUCCGCUUUUACAUACCAAAACCACGGUGCGCACAAACCCGAAGACGAAGCGACAAACCAGUGCCUACACCAAGGGACUUCUGCCUAUCUCGCCAGCUGAAGCGCGGAAGCACUGCGACCACUGUGGCUGGAUGAAGAAAAAGUCCACCGGGCUUAUGACUCAGUGGAAGCCUCGGCUCUUCAUACUUCGUGGCCGACGCCUCUCUUACUACUAUUCGGAGACCGACACCGAAGAAAAAGGGAUCAUCGAUAUCUCCGGUCAUAAAGUGUUGAGCAUCAGCACCGAUCCAAUUACGGCACUGCAUGCAACCAUAGCCGGAGGAACGUCCCCCUCAAUGGCUUCAGGUUCUGCAACCGACAAGUCGAAGGGUGCGCCGCGCCACUCUGGUGGAACUGGGCCAUUCUUCUUCAAGCUGGUUCCUCCCAAAGCAGGAUCGUCCAGAGCUGUCCAGUUCACCAAGCCUACUGUACAUGUCUUUCAGGUCGAUAACAUCGCCGAAGGAAGAAAGUGGAUGGGUGAGAUCCUAAAGGCGACCAUUGAGCACGACCUAUCAAGCUUCGAAACCACGAAUCGGCAAAAGACUAUCAGCCUUGCCAAAGCAAGGGCACGGAAGGAGCGGCCGCCUGCGCUCAAAGAGACGGCGGACAUAGCUGAGCUGGCGGAAAACCCAACUCCAGCAGAAGAGAAGGGCCUGCGGGAAAGCGGGUUGAACAUACAGGGGCUUGGGCUCAACCAGUCCAAUAUAGAUCUCCGGCUGGAUGUCGACUUCAGUGAAAUAAAAGCCGGCCUGGGGGAGGAUGCAGUUCAGAAGACCGAGACAUGA